UGGCUGCGCGCACCUCGGCCCUGCCGGGAGCCGCGCCAGUCGGACCCCCGACAGAGCGGGGCUCGCCCACCUCUCAGCGUUCCUCGGGUCGCAGUGCAGCCCGUAGGCAUGACCGAUCCACCAGGGGCGCCGCCGCCUCGGGCGCUUGCAGGCCGCGGCUGAAGAAGAAAGUCCGUUGCCACUCCGCUCAGAGCGAGGUGACCCGCAGCAAGGAGGUGACCAGGGGGAAGAAAGUGAGCCGGAGCAAGGUGAUCCGGGCGAAGGAGGUGACCCUGGCCGAGGAGACGACUCAGACCGAGGAGGUGACCCUGUCCGAGGAGGUGACCCAGACCGAGGAGGUGACCCAGUUCGAGGCGAUGGCCCUGCCGGAGGAGAUGGCCCAGACCGAGGAGAUGACCACAGCCGGGCUCAGCGUGACCGUCACGCACAGCAAUGAAAAGCAUGACCUUCUUAUUACCCCACAGCAGAGUGAUGGUGAACCAACUGUACAAGACCUGGCUCAGGCUGUUGAGGAGGCCACAGGGGUUCCACUGCCUUUUCAGAAGCUCAUAUUUAAGGGAAAAUCUCUAAAAGAAAUGGAGACACCAUUGUCAGCACUUAGAAUACAAAAUGGUUGCCGGAUCAUGUUAAUUGGAGAAAAGAGCAAUCUAGAGGAAGAGGUUGAGCUAAAGAAGUUGAAAGACUUGGAGAAAUCUGUAGAGAAGACAGCUAGCCGCCUGGAAGAGGUGAACAAAGAGCUCACUGGAAUCCAGCAGGGUUUUCUGGCUAAGGAACUGCAAGCAGAGGCUCUCUGCAAACUUGAUAGGAGAGUAAAGGCCACAGUAGAACAGUUCAUGAGGAUCUUGGAGGAGAUUGACACAAUGGUUCUACCAGAGGAUUUUAAAGAUAGUAGACUAAAAAGGAAGAGUUUGGUGAAAAAAGUUCAGGCAUUCCUAGCUGAGUGUGACACGGUGGAGCAGUACAUCUGCCAGGAGACUGAGCGGCUGCAGUCUGCAAACUUGGCCCUUGCUGAAUGAAGUGCAGUAGAGAGGCUGUGCUGGCCUGAAGAGCGGCAUUACAGCUCUGCCCUCUCUGGAACAGAAGUUGCCUGUUUUUCCAGGGCUGCCAGAGGCAACUGGCUAAUUGCCAAUUUUCCUACUCCUUCACUGGUUCUCAGUGAAAAAGUACUGUCAUCGGAACCUAAAGUA